AUGCCCGCCCUCCAAUCUCCAGGCAAGGUACUCGUCACCGGCACAAAUGGGUACAUUGCAAUGUGGGUCGUUCGCGAGUUCCUCCAGCAAGGAUACUCCGUUCGGGGAACGGUGCGCUCCGCGAAAAAGGCGGAACAUGUCCAGAAACAGUUCGCAGAGUACGGCGAUAAGCUUGAAAUUGCCGUCGUUGACGACAUUGCCAAGGAAGGAGCAUUCGAUGAACUCGUUGAAGAUGUAGACGCAAUUGCUCACAUGGCUUCUCCUUUCCAUUUCAAUGCACAACGUCCUGAGGAAUUGAUCGAACCAGCUGUGAAUGGUACAGUUGGAAUCUUGGAAAGCGCGUUUAAGCAUGGUCUUUUUGUUAAACGUGUUGUCAUUACUUCGUCUGUCGGAGCAAUCGUACGCGACGAGCCUACUCCGAUCACGUUCACUGAGAAGGAUUGGAACCAACAAUCUCUCGAUUUGGUGAACGAGCUAGGGGAAAAGGCUCCGAACAUGGUGAAAUACAGGGCAUCAAAGACAGCUGCGGAGAAGGCUGCCUGGAAGUUCGUGGAAGACCAUAAACAAGAGAUCAAGUGGGACGUGACUUGCCUCAAUCCUCCAUUCGUAGGCUCCCUCUUUGGUCCUGCUAUACAUGAACUGACAGAUCCUGCUUCACUCAACACAUCUACGAAGCUGUUCUACGAUUACGUUGCAGAUGCUUCAAAAGCCGAAGCAGCUGGCAACGACUUCCUCGCUAAAAAUGGUACUUGUUGGGUCGACGUUCGUGAUGUAGCAGAAGCCCACCGACUUGCACUUGAAAAGCAGGAGGCGGGGGGUGAACGGAUAAUUAUCAGUGGCGGCCUUUUCAAGUGGCAAGAUUUCAUUGAUAUGGCCAAUGCCCUGAACCCUCCUCCUAAGCUAUCGAAGCCCAUCCCCAAAGGCCAUCCUGGCUCUGGUACCGGACAUCCCCAUACCGUACAUCUGGUUAUUUAUGAUGCGUCGAAGUCUGAUCGCAUCCUUGGGUUGAAAUAUCGCUCAAUGGCAACAACAACCAAGGAUACAUUUGCCGAUUAUCAGGUUCGUGGGUGGUGA